AUGACGCAAAAUUCUCAAGCACCCAAAUCCAAAUGGGGUGUGGGGAGUUUCUUUCAACAGGCUGUUGCUGGCGUCGAAUCGCGACUUGACAACAUAUUGAUGGAUCAGGAGGAGGCAUCAAAGGUCCCAAAACCGAAAGCCAAGGAGACCGAAGGUGCCGCGCCUCCGAUCACCAAGUCGCCUGCUGGAUCGAUUUCGCGCAGCUCUUCCAGUGCGCGCAGAAAUGACCGGCUUCAGGAACGACUGGCGCGCGCCGUGGUGAAAUCUAACACGGCGAAUCGGAACUCCCAGUCGUCACCGGCACAAGACUCAAUUCCCGGCAGUCCAGUCCAGACUGAAGAUGCAAGGUCGAGCAUAGAUAUCGACUCCGUCGCUUCUGCAGGCCCGAGAAUAUCCGAGGAUCUCAAAAGUCCUCCGCUCAAUGGAGAGGGUGUUGCGGAUCGUGCUGGCACACCUCGGGCAAGCCAUGAAUCUGAGGAAUCUCACCGUCUAUCUUUUGAGGUUACCAGCAUGGAAUCUCGUCAAUCGGGCGAGACGAGUCGAAAGUCUGGAAACCCUAAUCUGGAGUUACCAAGCUCACGUCGAAGCGAAGCAUUGAGCGGCCGUGUCUCGAGCGACAGCGCGCGCCUAAGCAUCGAUACGCCGUCCGAAUCGCGAGUUAGUGAGGAUGGUGACCGGUCUCAAUGGCAACAGGAGCGAUAUGAGUAUCUCGCCCGCAUUGAUGAGCUCCAACGAAACCUUGAUAAUAUGGUAGAAGAAGCUGCCAGAUCUGCGAGGAUUGCCGCUGCCGCCGCGUCUCCCGGGAGCCCUGAUAAAGAACUAGCCGAGGCCAGAGAGAAGUACGCUUUGUUGAUGAAGGAGGGUCAAAAGCUUGAAUCAGAGGCAGCGAAUUCACGGACGGCAGUGAGAAGAUUGAGACAGCAGCUCGCAGACAAUUCCAAGCUACAAGCGGAAUUGAAGAAAAAGAACGAGAAGCUGGAAAAAGCUUUGCUCAGCUCUGAGAGUAGAGCGAAUCGGGCCGAGGCUGCGGAAAAGCGCGCAAUUGAAUCACUUUCUUCCCAUCUGAAGAUGACCAAAGACUUUGAGGCGGUGACAAUCGAGCGGGACGCUUUAAAUCAGACAGUGAAAGAAAUGAAGGCUCAGAUCGGCCGAGCGGUGGCCCGCGCUGAAGCUGCCGAGGCUCAGGCUCGCUCAGAUGCUUCGAAACAGGAAGAGCGUCGGACUGAAGAGCUCGAGGAAGAGUUGUCAUCGACCAAGAUUGAACUUGAAAUCUGCCAGGCCAAGUCCCAAAAAGAGAUUGCGGAGCUGAAGGGUAGCCUCGAGCGGGAGAAAGAGAGGGCCCGCUCCCUCGAGAUCGAGUUGAAGGCAGAGCAGUCCGCUUUGGAGAGUCAGAUGGAGAGCCUUCGCGUCCGCGCGGAGGAAGCGUCCUCGGGGGCUCACGGGGACACACAGGCCAAGUUGCUGCGCCAGAUUGAGACUCUGCAGACGCAGUAUUCGGUUGCUAGCGAGAACUGGCAUGCUCUUGAGGGCUCUUACAUUUCACGACUCGAUGCAGCGGAGAAGGAGCGCGACCAGACCGGUGAGAGGGAAAAGGAUCUACGAAAGAGGCUUCGGGAAAUGACCCUUAGAGUGAAACAGCUUGAAGAGGAAUUGGAGGGCUGCAAGGAAACCGAGAGCGAACUUCAAAGUCAGCUCGACAAACGGGCGCAAGAUCUUGAAAAGAUUCAGCAAAAGCUUCAAGCCGCCACCGAUGAGGUGGCCUCCGUCAAGAAAGAAAUGAAUGAGCAGAAGAAGACCUCGGAUGCCAACUGGGCUCAGAAACUGGAGGAAGAACGCGCUAGAUGGCGAGAGCAAUUUCACAAUCUGCAGCAACCUCGGGGUGUCUCUCCGGUCCCUUCGACACGUCGAUCGAGCAAUCUCGACACCAUCCCAUCUGUUCUAUCAGAUUAUCGGCCUGGAAGCCGCCGCUCAUCCACUUUGCCCCCCGGAUCUCCAGACAUGGGGACCCCACCUCGCCAAAACUCCUAUCCAGCUUCCAUUGCCCAGGGAACCUUGUCACCUCCCCCCAUUAACACCUCUGUAGGCUUCCCGUCUAUGAUGCUGGAGACCCCCUCCAUCACAUUUGAACCGGAUGAGUUCUUUAGCUCCGGCGAACCAGCCACUCCGUCCGCGUAUGGCGGCACACACACGGCUGCCUCGCGCGGUAUCAACGACAUCAUCUCAGAAUCGACUGUUGGCGCGGGCCCCUCUGUGCAGCUAGUUGAACGGAUGAGUGCUACUGUGCGUCGACUGGAAAGUGAACGUGCAGGCAUCAAGGAUGAGCUUGCGCGAGUCACGGCACAGCGUGAUGAGGCUCGGAAACAGGUGGUUGAGCUGAUGCGUGAACUGGAAGACAAGAAGGCCUCAGAUUCACGGGUCAAAGAACUGGAGGCUCAACUUGCGGAGAUCGAUCAGCGUUACUUGACGACACUUGAGAUGCUCGGCGAGAAGAGCGAGCAGGUCGAAGAACUUGAGGCCGACAUUGCUGACCUGAAAAGAAUCUAUCGUGAGCUUGUCGACAGCACGAUGAAAUGA